GGCUCCUUCAUUGGCAGGCGGAUCCUUAAACAAUGAGCCACCUGGGAAGCCCCGGUAUAUAUUUAUCGGGAUUUAAAACAAGAAGUAAUAAACAGAAAGUGAUGUUAGUAUGAGGUCAGAGCUGAGACAGGAAGCACGUGACUUCUGAGAAGGGAAAUCAGUGAAAAACCAGGCAACACUUGUUGAACCAGCAGCAGCCCAGGGAACAACGGCUGCUGGAAGCUGGACCUCGGCCACCCUGUUUACCCAUCACGGCAUCACCUGUUUGCUGAUAAAGGCAGUCCUCAGCUGUUCCCUGUGAGCCUGCGGACACCACCCAUGAUGUCCACUUUUGGUGGCUGGGGAGCGCUCACAGCCUUUCUCGUCCUGCUCUGCUGCCAAGGGUCUGGUGAGAAGGCGUUCGAGGGGCCAGAGCACCUGAUGGUGGGGUCUGGAGAGGUUCAAGUGAUUAAUUGCACUGCCAGCUGUACGGACCCCAAGAAACUUGUUCUGGAGACAGACCUAAACAAGACUGUCCUGGAGAGCCAGGCUCAGUGGAAGCUGUUCAGGGUCUACAACAUCUCCAAGGAUGAGCAGCUCCUGUGCAGUUUCAUCUGCGCCGGCAAGCAGGAGACCAGAGUUUUCAACAUCACCGUGUUCUACCCUCCAAAGCAAGUGCUGCUGACGCUGUCGCACACCUCAGUGGCCGUAGGGACACUGUUCACCAUCGAGUGCCUGGUCCCCACCGUGGCACCCCUCGAAGGCCUCACUGUCACCCUGCUCCGUGGUACUGAGGUCUUGUACAAUCACACCUUUGUGGGGACAGCACCCUUCCCCCAAGAUGCCGUGGUCACCCACAACACCACAGCUCACAGGGAAGACGGCCACCAUAACUUCUCGUGCGAGGCCCAGAUGGACCUGCGCUCUCGUGGCGGUGGCCUUGUCCACAGAGUCUCAGAUCCCCAGAGGCUUGAAGUCAAAGAGCCUGAGCCCAACAACCAGACGGUGAUCAUGGCGAUCGUGAUAGUGCUGCUGCUCUUGUUUGUGACAUUCAUCUUCGUGUGCUUUGUCUUCAGCGAGAAGUGGCGCCGGGGGCGGACAGGUCAUUACCCAGUGCAGGCCGCUUGGAGCAGGCUGAGACGGAGCCACCGGGCACAGCCCCUAUGAGCAGCGUGGCCACUGUCAUGCCAGCCUUGGAACUCAGUGUGGCUGCUUAGGCUGCGGUCCAGGCCUGGCUGAGGGACCAUGUGAAGCAGCCUGAAUACAAACACCAGGACUUAACCCCAUGCCUUCAUGUCGCCUCCUGGGAAUGGCCAGGAAGGGGAGCCACCAGGUCUGGCUGAACUUCUGUCUCCAAAUGUCUCCUCAGCCUCCCUCCACCCUCUCCUUCAGAGGCCUUCCUGAGCCCCAGCAAACCCAGGCCCUGGUGUGCCCCCAGGCCGACCCGCCGGGGCACCAGGCACCUCACCCAGGGACCCUGAGUGACUCCCUCCUGAGGGAGGGUGGGGAGACCCACCCUGGCCCAGAGGGGCAGAGAGACACUCUGUUCCCACGUGGCCCUCCAGGACAUGGCUCUGACUUCUGUCUUCUGCCAACAGAGCCAGCAUCCAGGGGUGAGUGUGGGGGCCCCAAUGGCUUGGCUCCGGGAUCCUCCCGCCAGGCCUCCCCUGCCACUCUGGGCCUUCUGAGAGCCAUGGAAACCUAAGCCGUCCUCGUCUCUUACCUCCAGUUCUGUUAUUGGGCCAAAUGGAGAUCCCGCAGCCCUGGUCAUCCAGAGAGAGGGGAAGGGGAGGAGUUCGAGGGAGGGCUCCGUCUCCCAGGCCUCUGCCAGCCGGGGCAGCGAUCAAUGUGACAGGGUUGGCCUCUCACGUGGCUUCUGGUUCCUGGACGGGGCUCUAAGGGGCUCUCACCACGGAUCAGAUAUCAGGUUGGUUCAAGGAGUCCAGGGCGGCUGUUUCCAACUCUUCAAUGAAGCUGGCCUGGCCCCAGGGCUGCUGUCUGUCCUCAUUAUGGGCUCUCAGCAUCGUAGUAGUCUGGGGGGAGAAGCAUCCUCAGUGGGCCCCAAGGAAGAGUUAAGGGGACAGACCCGCUGUCUGUAAUGAUGACAAUUCGACAUGCCCCCCACCUCAGGGCACACGGCCCUCCCAGCCUUCAGAUCCACGCCUCGGCCUGGGCCCUGCUGACCACCCACCUGGUCCCUACCUGAAGCUGGAGGUACAUCUGCACCCACAGUUCCCGUGGCACUGGGCGGUGGAGGUGGGGGCACCGCUCUCCUUAGAUGGGGAAGGGAAAAGAAACCCCCCAUCAGAGUUCUCAGAGUGGCCUCUGCAAUUUGACCCGCAAGUCUCCCUACCCCACCCACAGACCCUGGUCAGUUCUUCCACCCCCGGACCAAAGCCUUGGCAGCACCCAGACCCCCAGCCUCACUUACACCCCCCUUUUUCCAGGCGCAGGAGGGUGAUGCUGAAUCUCAGCUGAAUCCUGCAUGCGGGGCUGGUGUAGGGGAGGGGAAAGGAGAGGGCCUGGCCAGGGCAGCAGGGGGCCCAGGGCAGGCAUGGUGCAGGGCAGGUAGUGGUGGUGGAAAACCAGAGGCCCCUCCUCCUGGGGUUCCGUCUCUUCCUGGUGUUGAACCUCCAGGGAGACCUGGGGAUUGUGCGAGAUGGGAGGGGAGACAAUAUAGCGUCAGAUUCUCCCUGCCCCUGGUCCUCCAUUCCUCUGAAUUAUUUCUUCAGAUACACAGCUCAAAAUGGCUCCUGUUUUUUGAGCAUUUAAGACAAGCAAGCAAAGCACUUUGGAGACAUUUAUUCCUUACUCUGCAGGUGGGAAAACCGAGGCUCACAGGUUAAGCAGCUUUUCUAAGGUUACCCAGCUCCUAAGUGGCCAAGCAGGGACUGGAGGGACCCAAAUAUGGCUCCAGAGCUGGGCCCAGGAGUCCCCCUGGCCUCACCCUCUUACCGAUCCAGGGUCACUGGACUCUUUAAUAGACAAGGGAUAGGCUACCCACUCCAGUAUUCUUGGGCUUCCCUGGUGGCUCAGCUGGUAAAGAAUCCGCCUGCAAUGUGGGAGACUUGGAUUCGAUCCCUGGGUUGGGAAGAUCCCCUGGAGAAGGGAAUGGCUACCCACUCCAGUAUUCUGGCCUGGAGAAUUCCAUGGACAUAUAGUCCAUGGGGUCACAAAGAGUCGGAUACAACUCUUUAAUCAAUAGAUUUUAAUAAGCCAGCCAAGGAAUUCAGGCUGAUGAUUCACUGGGCCUCAAGCCGCACCAGAGAAUGAGAAUGAGAGUUGUCGGGUGCCCAAGCUCCGGGCUGAUGCGUGGGUUGGGCUGGAGGGGUGGCUUAGGUGGUCCGCCCACUCUCUUGGUGGUGCCGUGUGCAGGGAUCGUGCGCAGUACCCUUGUUUUGCUCCCUGAAGCUCAGAAACGGCAGUUGAUUUGUGACCUUUUUGUAGCUUCUUGUUCAUAAGUGCCCCAGCUGCGCAUGCGUGCAGUUAUUUUUAGUUUCUUUGUUUCCCAUUGAUGGUUAGUCCAGGUGCAAGCACUUCUGUAAAGACUUCCGGGUCCCAGCCCAUCUCAAGCCCCAGUCCCUGAUCCACUUAUGCCCCUGUUGAGGUGGGGUGCUCAUCCCAGGGCCAUCCCCACCUCCAGGGCCGGCAGGGGAGGGGUGAAGGGAUGGGAUGGCAGCAGCUCCUCAGGGUCUCCCUCUGCCUCUGACCAGCCCCUCCUUGAACCUCCUCUCUGCUCCCUCCAAGCUGACUGGCAUCCUCUCUCCACCCAGCUGUCACUCCUGCAGACCUCUCAGGGUGCCUAUCGUCUGCUAAAUAAGGCUCCUCCUUAGAGCUCCUCCCAUGUACCCCCCCGCACCCCCGACACACAUACACACACAAGUACCCAAGGUUUCCUCCAUUCUGUCUCUGACUUUGUCACUGUUCACCUAGAUGGUGGACUGUACACCCCUCACCUCCUUCAAGCAUCAGAAUCCUACCUGCUUUUUUUUUUUCUUUUUGGCCCCACCAAGAAGCUUCUGGGAUCUUAGUUCCCUGACCAGGGAUUGAACCCCGGGCUCUCCAGCAGUGGAAGCUCGUAGUCCUAACACUGGACCACCAGGGAAUUCCUCUGCUGCUGCUGCUGCUGCUGCUGCUGCUGCUAAGUCGCUUCGGUAGUGUCUGACUCUGUACAACCCAGUAGACAGCAGCCCACCAGGCUCCCCCAUCCCUGGGAUUCUCCAGGUCCUCUACCUGGCUCUUAAGGGCUGGUUCUAAGGCCACGUGCUCUUCUGAGGAACCCCAACCAGGUGGCCCUCACAAUUUGUACCAGUCACAGCCAAAGUUGCUUUGUAUUCAUAGUCAUUCAUUUCUUCAGUCACUUGUUCAACAAAAGCAAUUGAGCCCCUAGUAAUUUAUCAGGUACCCUAUAGUCCCAGGGUACAGUGGAGCCUCUCUGUCCCUGGGAGUCCAGAGGGGGAUGCACUGCAGGGGAUCUUUAAACACAAGACCUGAGUGGUCUGGAUUUUGGGACCCCCUACCUCUACUCCAUGGAGGAUGGCAUGGCUAUCUGGCACAUAAUAGAUGCCAAACAGAGAAGCCACAUAGAUGUGGGCUGACUUUUGGCUCCUCUGUUGCCUGAUUUUCUUUUUUCCUCUCAAGAUAGCGGGAACCCCAAAUGUUUGCCCGCCUCUGUCCCUGCAGGUGGGCAGCUCUGGCAGUCCACCCCCACUCCCAGGCAACGCACCUGUGGGUUAGUCCAGGAAAGCCCCUGGUUGAGCACCGCUGCCACCUGGCCACUCAGAAAGAGCUGGUUCAUCUGAACGUUCUGUAGCAGCAUCAGCUCCAGCAGGUCUAGGGGACCGGAGUUCAGCAGGCCCCCACCAGCCCUUCCCCUGCCCUUGCUGGUGACGCCAGGGUCAUUUCCCCAGCGUCCUGCCCCGGGAGUGGAUGGGUCGGGUGGGGGGUGCCCAGAGAAUGUGCCGGGCAGAGCAGGGUACAAAAUGGAGAACUCCCGGAGUCUCACCUUCCUUCACGUGGCCUGGCUGCGGGGAUGUAGGUGGGAUGGUCCACGGGAGGGGCUGCAGAAUGGUCACCCAGGGCUGGGGGGGGGGCGAGGGGGGCUCAGGCAGGCAGGCAGGGAAGGGAUGGGGAGCCCCUAAACCUGCAGGAGCUUCUCCUCUCUGCGCCCCCACGGCCUUCCAGUUCUCUGUCAAGUCUCUUCCUCUCUGGCUGGGGUCUCUCUCCUCACCACCCCUCCAGGGUUUCAAACCUCCAGGAAUAUUUCCCCAACUCAGCCCCAGACCCUCGCCUGCCCACAAGGCCGUCCAGAUAAAGGCAGGCUCCGCUCCCUGACUCAGCCCUCACCAUCGGGGCUGCAGUCUGUGCUGGGGGUUGACGCCAGCUCCUUCCAAUUCCUGAGGCCAUGGCCAGCUGCGGGGAUCACGGUUACCUUGACGACACUGGAGGACGCCAAAGUCUCCUCCCACGCAUGCGCAGGUCCUGCCUGCGCUACUCUGGUGCCCGGGGCUUUCGCCCUAAGUCCCCGCCUCCUGCUCGGCUGUCUCCAACUCUACGGAGAAGUUCCCAGGGAUUCUCACCCGACAGCUCCGGAGGCCGGACUCUCUCCCAGAUGUCCAUAUCCAAACCCCUGCGCUGGGGCUCUGUGGACAUCGCGUCUCAUCCUACGCUGUAUCUCACACCCUUGGGCAUCCCCAGCACCAGGCCUGGGGAGCCGGGGCAGGGUUGGGGGGUGGUGUUUGUUGAAUGAAUAAAUGAGUGACUGGGGAGGCCCACCCCACCUCGGACACUUGG